CCCUCUGAUGGCGGAUCGUCGAGGCACCGUCAUAUAGUAAUUGGUCUUUGAGGUAUCAUAUAAACAGUAUAUACUAUGGGCAUCGGAGUAUUCGAGGCAGUUCAAUGCUCGAGUGCGCGCAAGUACGGGAGUCGUCGAGACGCGAUGCUGAAUUAAAUCUUCCAACCGCGAUUCCGAAUCCUAACGUUACAUUCGAUCACGAGUUAAAGAACCAGUGUUGAUCAUUGUGAUAGAGAAACCGUCCACCGAUACACCGUUCCAGUAAGAUCCAAGGUGUAUCCGGAAUUGGCACGUGUUCCCAUAAAUUCGCAAUGGAACGAACCGGAUCGGCGGAAUAGAGACCAAUGAAAAAGAGAUGUAGCAAAGUGCGAGCUAAAAUUCAAAUAAUCGUGUGAUCGGCUUCGAUAUUGUCCGUUAAAUGGUAGCUAGGCGUAGCUGCGCCUUCGUGUAGAAGGUUUGCCGAAUUAGUGAGAUGUUAACCACUCGUGUGCCAUGAUAAUGGUUCACCUAUGGCGCGAACAUCGGUCUAAUUCAAGUUUCUUAUCGGAGCAGAGACAGUCGUCGGCGUGUCAUGGAGGACGGUGGUGGUCAAGUGCAUUCUAGCACGCUCCUGGAAGAGACCUUCUAUGUCACCUCGAAAAAGAACACCUACUACAAGGUGAGGCUGACCGAGAAAGGUCUCAGCCUCGAGAAGGACAACAAUGGUGCGACGAAGGUUGAGACGAUCGCGUUGGGCGACAUAAUCGGCUGCAGAUGUAUGCGCUCGAAGCGCAAAAGCGCGGGAAGCUGCGUCUGCGGCCCGGGCACCUCGAGAUCGCAAUUGAAGCUGGUCGAAUCCGCCGAAGCAUUCCAGUGCUACGACGAGUUCGACACCUCGGCCUAUCUUUACAUUUACGCUUACACGCUGAAGAAGGCCCGCAUGAAGGAUGCGAAGCGACGCGAGAGGACCACCAUCACUCUGCGGUUCCGUAGCUUCGACAAGUACGAGGACAAUCUGCGGGAGGCGAGCAGGUGGCGGCUGGCCAUCAAAUGCUUGAUCGCCAGCGUGCCCGUGCCAAAGAGCUUUAUGAGCCCCAGUCACGGGAACCUUGAGUCGCUGAUCAACGCGUGUCCGGGCGAACAGAGGAAGCUGCUCGUUCUCCUGAACCCUAAGUCGGGGCCGGGAAAGGGCCGGGAGACCUUCCAGAAGAGGAUCCAUCCGAUCCUUUCGGAAGCGGAGAGGCCUUACGAGAUGCACAUCACGAAAUGCUCGAAUUACGCCCGCGAGUUCGUGCGAACCAGAGACAUUUAUCAAUGGAGCGGGCUGCUGAUGGUCGGCGGCGACGGCAUAGUGUUCGAGGUGGUGAAUGGACUUUUCCAGAGGCCCGACUGGGAGAGGGCCCUCAGGGAGCUGCCCCUUGGCGUGAUACCGUGCGGAUCCGGGAACGGCUUAGCGAAAUCCAUCGCGUACGCUAAACAGGAACCAUACGACUACAAUCCCCUCCUGAUCAGUGCACUCUCCGUGGUGAAGUAUAAGAGCACGCAGAUGGACCUGGUGCGAGUGGAAACCAGGAAUCAGAUUCUAUUCUCGUUCUUAUCCGUCGGCUGGGGUUUGCUAGCAGACAUUGACAUCGAAAGCGAACGUCUGCGAGCGAUAGGAGGUCAAAGAUUCACCGUUUGGAGCGUUGCUCGUCUCAUAGGGUUGAGAACCUACAGGGGCAAGGUAUCUUACUUGCCCUGCGAUAAAGUACCGUCCGUCGAAAACCUGGGCAACGGGAAGGCCUACAACGAAUACGUGAAAGACACCCAGAUCUCGCACUCGAGGAGUUACGGCGAUGACUUGGACAGGUGUAGCAAGAUCAGCGAGUCGAAGAGCUUCCAUGACGCGCUUGACGCAGAUCCAGCUAUUCUAGACGACUUCGACGGCUGUGAUGAUAGCGAGAUAAUAAGCGAGAGUAUUACACUCGAGACAGAUGCAGAGAGGAGGCACAGGCUAGAUAGCUUCUAUUCAACGACCUCCGCGAGGUCAACUUACUUUAGUACGGGUUCAAUUUCUAGUUAUCACAGCGUCGUCGAACCAGACGCCGAGGAAAUCGAUGCAGAGAACAACAUCAACCAAGUUAUGUACGGCCCCUCUUCGAGAUUGCCUGCUUUGACGUCAGAGGUGUCGAGUUCCUGGACGCAAAUUCAAGGCGAGUUCGUUAUGGUUCACGCGGCAUAUCAGUCACACUUGGGCCAGGAUUACUUCUUCGCGCCCCGUGCCAAGUUGUCGGAUGGUAUUAUUUGGCUCAUAAUAGUUAAAGCCGGUAUUACACGAGUCAAUUUACUUCAGUUCCUGUUGGGUUUAAGUAAUGGUACCCAUCUAACACGUUCUGGCAUCGACAUGAUACCGGUAAAGGCAUUUCGAAUAGAACCAGAGGAGGACGUUAAUGGUCACAUAACCGUCGAUGGAGAACGAGUAGACUAUGGACCGUUGCAGGCAGAAAUAUUCCCGUCUUUAGCGUCGGUAAUGUCUCCUUGAUACAAAUGACAGUCAACCGUGUAAGGAGCUAGCAAAUGGAAAAUGAAAUGGUACAAUCCUAGAACGUGAACGUUCAAUUAUUAUGGUAGUAUGGUCGAGGCGACAAUACUGUAUUAAUAUAUUUAAUGUAUAUUCGGGAUUGGUACUUUAGUCUAAAAGCGGUGAUAGGUGUAUAUUCUAGACUGUCAAUGUAACACGAAAAUCAUUCCAUACCAUGUAAUCAAUGUAUUUUUCAUUUCAUGGAAACGAUACAACGCGCAUUAUAGUCUCUGCAAACUCAA